CCAACAUAAAAUGAGAGAAAUGGAGUCAUAUUUUCACAACUCCUAUUCAAACAAAGUUUCAGUUUCUCUCCUCUAACAGAAUCAAAGGAAGUUGAAACUGAGUUGCUGCAACAAUGGGGGUGCAUGCUGAUCCUUCAUCAUCUGAACUCAAAUCUCUUGUGAAGGUGAAACACGUGAUCAACAUCGGAGUCCCAGAAAACCUAAGGUUGUCUGAGCGUAGCAUCUACAAGGUUCCAUGCAAUCUUCGAGAAGUGAACAAGGAUGCAUACACUCCUCUCUGCAUCUCAAUAGGCCCGAUUCAUUUCGAAAAACCAGAACUCAACACAAUGCAAGAACACAAGCUGAGAUACUAUCAAUGCUUCUGGAUUCGUGUGUCAAACGAUGAAGCCAUGGAGAGCUACGAACACUACCUCCUGAACAAAGAACAAGAGAUUCGACAAUGCUAUUCGGAGAAGUUCGAAUUGCCCAAAGAGAAAUUCGUAGCCAUGAUGCUGUUGGAUGCCAUGUUCAUCAUGGAGCUUUUCUUGAGAAACCGUGAGUUGAAAUCACAAUCGUUUCCAGAGAGAAACAUUGUUGAUGAUGAUGAUCUCAUCAUGACACAGUCCUGGCUCGCCAGGAACAUCGCCAGGGACAUGAUCCUUCUGGAAAAUCAAAUACCCUUUUUCAUUUUGUCGGAACUCUACGAAAAGGUUGUCCCAGAUUACCAAAAGAAAGAAGACACUGACUUUGUUGAUCUUGCUUUCAAGUACUUUGCAUUCUACGACCCUCAGAUUUGUCCUUCUGAAAACAUAGCCAAGAAAGAAAAUUGCUUUGGCUCCAAGAAACUCAAAGGUGGCAGCUUUGAGAAUCUGAAUCUGAAUCAGAAUCAGAAUCAGAAUCUGAAACCAGAACACAAACACUUCACUGAUCUGAUAAGGUUCUACUACCUUCCCACUGACAAAAAAAAAGGGCAAGCUUCUGAUCAUGUUCCAAGAACUGCAACAAAGCUGCAAGACUCGGGAGUGUACUUCGAGAAAGGUGGUGAGAAGAAAAAGCUACUAGACAUAACCUUCGAGAAGAAACAGAUUCUGAGUCUGUGUCUUUGUUUCGGUUGUUUGAAAUGUUUGAACCACUUCAAGGCACGUUUUAGGAUACCCCAGUUGAAGGUGGACCACAACACAGAAUGUUUGUUCAGGAACCUGAUUGCCCUGGAGCAGUGUCACUACCCUGAGGAAGCUUUCAUCUGCAACUACGUGUCUCUGAUUGAUUCUCUGAUACACACUCAGCUUGAUGUGGAGUUGCUGGUUGAGAAGGAAGUGAUUGUGCAUGAGUUGGGGAGUCACAAGGAAGUGGCGUCUCUUGUGAAUGGUUUGUGCAAACAUGUGGUGACGAACUCAACGUGUUACUAUGAGACCAUAAAGGGUCUGAACGAUCAUUACAAGAACAAAUGGUACCACACCAUGGCAUCGUUGAGGUUGGUGUACUUCCGAGACCUUUGGAGAGCAAGUUCCACUGUUGUUGGAAUUGCUGUGCUCAUUUUCGCUGUCUUCCAAUUCCUUCGAGCUAUUCGUGCUCUCUUCAAAAUGUAAGUUUUUGGAUUUUGUGUCUGAGACUUUAGUGUUUCAUCGUGUCACUUUCCUUCGGUUUCAAUGUAAUAAUAAACCUAUGUUUGUUGUUGUGUUUGAAAUUAUCUUCAUGUCGUUCUUACACAACCAUAGUUUUUCAGUUCUGUUGUUCUUAUACAACCAGAG